AUGAGACCAGCAUUAGAAGAUUUAGCUAGUCAAUAUCAUAGGAAGAGUGAUUUUGUGAACCUUGGAGAUUCAAAUGAGCACAAUGAUGAAAGGAAUACAUUGCCUGACUUAUUUGCAGAAGCAGAAAAGGAGCUAUACUUUGGAUGUACAACGUUCUCAAUCUUAACAUUUAUUGUUAAUCUAAUGCACAUUAAAAAAGAGAAUAAAAAUGCUGAAAGAUGUUCUAUAUGUGGUCAUGAACGAUACAAAUCCCAAGGAACUAAAGGCAAGAAGAUCCCACACAAAAAGAUGCAAUAUUUUCCUAUAACUCCACGACUACAGAGACUUUUUAUGUCACGCCAUACAUCAUUUGAUAUGAGGUGGCAAAAGGAAGAACGUGUUGAUACAGAAGGUGUACUUAGACACCCGGCAGAUGCAGAGGUUUGGAAGGAUUUUGAUAGACAAUAUCCAGAUUUUGCAAAAGAAUCUAGAAAUGUAAGGCUUGGAUUUGCAACAGAUGGGUUCAAUCCAUUCAGUGAUUUAUCAAACUUGUACAGUAUGUGGCCAGUGUUACUAAUGUCAUAUAACAUGCCGCCAUGGAGAUGCAUGAAACGAGAAUUCUUAAUGAUGACAUUAUUGAUUCCUGGACGUCGUGCUCCAGGAAAAGACAUAGAUGUCUAUUUACAACCUCUGAUCGAUGAGCUGAAAGAACUAUGGGAAAAUGGUGUACGUACUUUUGAUAUUAUUGAUAAAGAAUAUUUUACAAUGCGUGCAGCAAUAUUGUGGACGAUCCAUGAUUUUCCAGCAUAUGGUACUGUAUCUGGGUAUAGCACUCAAGGUUAUAAAGCUUGUCCUGUUUGUGAAGAUGACACAUCUUCAUUUCGAAUAAGAGGAAAAACAUGUUUCAUGGGUCAUCGUCGAUAUUUGUGUCCGAACCACCAAUGGCGCAAUGAUAUGGAGUAUGAUGGUACAAUCGAACGACGUUCACCUCCAAGAAUUUUAACAGGAGAUGAAAUCUUAGAUAAAUUAAAAGGUGUAUGGAAAUGUAGGGCAGGUAAAAAUGAUAAGAUCAUUAAGGACGAUAAGCAACAAAUGAAGGAUGCAUGUUAUGAAAAUAACACGAACUGGAGGCGAAAAAGUAUUUUUUGUGAGUUAGAAUAUUGGCCUAAAUUAAAACUAAGACAUAAUUUGGAUGUGUUGCAUAUUGAGAAAAAUAUAUGUGAUAGUGUAGUUGGUACAAUAUUUAGUAUUGAUGGGAAGUCUAAAGAUACUGAUAAGGCAAGACUUGAUUUACAAGAUUUAAAUAUUCGUAAGCAGCUACACAUGAAAAAGAACGGGAACAAAUGGUUCAAACCAGUAGCAUGUUAUACAUUAUCAGCGAAGGAACGACAAGAAUUUUGUACGUUCAUAAAGUUCGUAAAAUUUCCUGAUGGAUAUGCUGCAAAUAUUUCUCGGAAUGUUAACAUGAAAGAUGGAAAGUUAUUUGGGUUGAAAAGUCAUGAUUGUCAUAUUUUAUUACAGAGGUUGUUACCUAUUGGUUUAAGGCCAUAUUUGAAAAAAAAAGUAAUGGAUGCUAUUGCUGAGCUGUCGUUAUUCUUCAAAAAGCUAUGUGCGAGGACAUUAUGUGUGAAAGACUUAGACGAAUUGGAAAAGGGCGUUGUACUCACGUUGUGUAAAUUAGAAAGUAUCUUUCCUCCUGCCUUCUUUGAUGUAAUGAUUCAUCUUAUGGUUCACUUGCCAUUAGAAGCUAAGUUAGGUGGUCCAGUACAAAUGCGAUGGAUGUAUUCAAUCGAAAGAGAAGAGAAAAAAGUCAUAUGUAAGUCAUUUACAGAGAUAAAAGUGUCUGAUGACUAUUCAUCCAACAUCAGAAACUUGGUAUCCAUGGGGGAUUUGAAGCUGAUUGAAGAGGAAAUAGAAUUUUGCUCAGAAUACAUGAGUGGAGUUCAGGGAAUCGGAAUCAACAAACCACGGAAUAACUCAGAUGGGGUUGAUAAAGGACUACGAGCGAGCAGAACAGUGAUCACCGUAUCUAGGGUAGAAUUAGAUCAAGUUCAAUUAGUUGUGAUGCAAAAUAAUUUCGAGAUUCAAUCAUAA